UUUUAAUGUCAAAAAUCGUUUCUCGGUCCGUGGAUUUGUAUACACAAAAACUGUGUGCUAAUUUGUAAAUGUCUUAAAUGUCUUCAAUUAGUUUUCUUCCAACAAAAUGAAAUAAAAAUUCUAACAAUUAUGUCGUCAACGUCCAAACAGUCGACUGGAACCGUUCCGAAAGCAAAUAAAUCGGAAAAGAAAAUGGAUAAAUCGUCGGAAAGACCAUCGAAUGCAGGGCAACACAUCAAUGGAUUCGCUGGCGACAAUUCUGAUCGAGAAAGUGAUCAACCGCCGAAAUCGGAAAAUAUCGAAAAUCAAAAUUCGGACAAUAUCACAUGCUGUAUGGGUUCUAACGAGACCACAUUGGACGAACAAUUGAAACUGGAACGAAAAUUGUACGACCUAUACUCCAAGAAAGAGCAAAUGGCUAGUUUGGUUGACGAACUGCAGCUAAUGAAUGAAGUUGCUCAACGAUCUCUAAAUCGAAAUUCGGCACCAGUUCGGAAUGUACCCAUUGAGUAUGAGCAGAUCGUUCCAAUUGAGCUGAUUCCGGGCUCGAAAAGCUCGUCACCGUCUAACCCAAAUUUUAGAAUGUCUCCAGUCAUCCCGAAACCGGUGGCUGAAAUUCACGACUACGAAAGUAGUAGAGAUGACAAUGAGAGCACUAUCGGCGGUAAUGAGGAUUCAUUGACGGACAAAAUAGCCGAAAUUAACACAAUGAAAAAUCAGCUGCAGCGGCUCAAGAAUCUGAUGAACACCGUUAAAAUUAUCGAAAUAAAGAACGGAGACUGCGAAGAAAAUGAAAAUGACAACGUUUCGGUCGAAUCUAGUCCGACGCAUGCAAAUUACAAUGAGUCGCAUUACGAAAAUGUUUUGUCGACCAAACGGGACUCAGUACCGUCGACCAUAACCGGUCCAGAAGUGGAAGAAGAACCGGACAUGGACGAAAGAGUCAGAUUGUUGCAGUCCAUGACGCAAGACUUAAAACUGCAGGCAAUGUCAAUUGCUGAAGAAAGAGAUCGAUUGCGGGACAUCAAAAACGAAAUGGGACGGCGACGCGAAAAUGAGGGAUUGAAGAAAAUUACCAAUCUAAAUCAAACGCGUUUUGAUGACAAAUCGAAUGACCAAUGCUUGGGAUCCGAUGGCGACAAAACAGCAGAGCCGACUGCAACGUAUAAAGAUAAUAGUUGGAAUACGUCGCAGUUCGGAUUGGCUAAUGGAUCGGCUCGCUCGAAUUUCGAACGUCAAAAUGAGCAAUUUGCAAAAACAACGCAAUUGCCUCCGGUUGUUCCGACGAAAAUAAAUUCGAAUGCAGGCGCGUCUGCUGAUGUUCGGAGCAUCAACUCGAACAGUUCCAGAGGCAUCAGUCUUCCUCCACCAAUGCGUCAUAUUGGACCGGAAGAGAGACCAAGUUGGAUGAAAUCAGCACAUGACACACUAAGAAUGUCGUCGGUCAACCAACAAAAUUUGGACAACACACAAGAUUGGCAGCAUUCAAACAAUUUCUGUAACUUUGGCCCGCAAAGUCCACAGUUCCAUUGCCAUCACAGUGUGAAUAGUGAUCAAAACUACAAUUGUCGUCCCAUGUAUUAUCCCAGCUUAUCGUCGAAUCAGUCGGGCAUUGGCAACGAUCAUGCAUUACUGCAACAGUUUAUUCAAACUCAGCAAAUGUUAAUCAAUUCGGUGUGCCAGUUCAAUCAGCUGCUGUGGGAUCAACAGAGAGAAAUUAACAAUUUGAAUACAGCAGUGCUAUUGCUGCAAGAACGAAUGUUUAAUUCGUCACGCAACGGUUUCCCCGAACCACUAAAUUCAACCAGAGCAGAAACCGUGCCACCGAAUCUGACCUACAACAAUUCAUAUCCGUGUCACGCUAGAGCCCAAUCCGAGCAGCCAGUGAACCAAACCAAUUGCAUAUCAAAUUGUUUGCCGCAUUCGCCGUACGGCCAACAGUAUCAAUGCCAAAGUCAUCCAGUUCCCAUUCAAGUCGAAAGUCCGAACAACAUUCGCUCGCGUCGAUUCAAUAAUAACAUAAUACAUCAUAAUCAAAUCGAUUCAUCGUCGUGUUGCUAUCCGACGCAUUUGCUUAACAAUGACUUGCACACAUCAAUAUCAAACUCCUCUAAUUAUCAGACAAAUUCAUCACAGUCCUACAUGCAACAACAAAAUAAUAAUCUUGCCGCUAAUAACAUUACCAAUUCUAAUAAUCAGCUUCGACAACAGAAUAUUGCCGCUUCUACCACUUCACCCGCUUUAAACAACCAAACGACACCGGGCAAUCGGGCCAAUAAUUACUGGGACAAUUUUCGAAGCUAUUCGCGCCAAAAUCUACUCUCAAGCAACAGCUGCAAAAGUAAUGAGGAAGCGAGCAGUAUUAACAAUUUACCACAAAAUCGAGAUAGAGAUCAAAGUCAUCUAAACCAAUCAUCCCGACUACCCACACACAUGACACAUAACAAUUUACCGCUUGUCGCAAACAACAAGUACUCGAUUCAUUUCCAAAAUCAAACUAAUCAACAACAACAGCAACAAAAUACUUCAACGUUCGUCGGACAAAUGGGAACGAAUGGCAGUGCGAUACGCAAUCCGGAAGAAUUGAACAUCAAUCAGUCGAUGAAUCAACAAUUGUUGCAUCAAAGCAACGAUACGCUGGGACAUGAUCACAUUAGCAGCUUAAACAAUCUGAACAUGAACUUUGGGCCAUUCCAUUCGAAUGAUGUGGCUUCCAAUUUUAUGAAUUCGAUCAAUUUGGAACUGAACGAAUUGAAGCCGAAUACGUCAAAGAUGGUGCCGAAACGAUCCACAGGCGGUCACAAACGCAAGUCGCAAAGUUCACAUCCCGCCGAGCAAAAUAAUCUUCUUGUCAUACAGCAAGAGACGAAUGGAAUCGAUUCAAAUUUAACCAAAACAGUCAUGACUAACGAUUCGAAGUCAUCUGAAAAAUCAUUUGAAGCGCUGAAAGAAAAUGUUUAUCAAGAGGUUUCUGCCCUAAUUGUCGCCAACGAAAGUCGUCCCAAUUUUCUGAUUAAUUUGUUUCGCGAAUUGCAGUUGAUUUCGACGUCCGACCCGUUGCGAAACCGUUUGAUGCAAACAUUUCACGAUCUCUACAAUCGGUACGAGACCAAUCCACACGCUGACAAUUCUGCAAUAUUGAAUCAGUGUUCGGCGAAGACCAACGAGACGGCACCAACAUUUUUCAAUUUGCAUCACAAACGAAAGAACAAUCUAAGCUCGACGGAUGUGUGCGGUGAUACGUCCUGUGAUGGAGACGAAGAUUUGGCUGAAGCGGAUCAGAAUUGUAAUGCUGAAGAUAUGUACGUUGAUGAUUUUGAUGCUGAUGGUGCUACUGGUUUUGACAAUUCUUCUUCCGAUAUGGUAAUUUUGCCAUCGUCACCAACCAGCAAUUCAGAUGAAAGUCCAACAGCGGUUCCUGAUGAUUUAACUUAAGUGUGUAAUUGUGACAUCAACUAAUCUUUUUAAUAAAUGUGAACGAAAGGAUGUAAACGUG